AUGAUAAAAACAAUCUUAAUUAAAUUAAUAUUAUUAGUGAUAUUUUGUUAUCACUUUUUAUUUGCAGAAGAAGAUGUAAUUAGUACCCCUCCUGGAUAUUAUGAUUUAAUACGUCACAAAAGGGAUCCACCUAUUACAGAAUAUCAAUCAUCUCAAGAUACAGAUUUAUAUUACCCUGAUGUUUGCAGAAAUGCUCUUAGACCUCUUGAUUAUCCUUGGAUUAACGAAUUUGCCCCUAUUUUUUUUCCAGGCUUCAACAUGGGUGGCUUUAAUAGUAUAUUCAUCCCAAAAAAUAGAUCAAUGAUAUUCAGGACUCCAUUUCAAGAUUCAUUAGUAACUUUACAUGUUGUGUGCAUUGAGGGUACCUUUAUUGUUGAAGGGAAUAGAUUUCUUUUUGCUAAUACUAUAAUUGUUCUUCCUGGUGGAAGAUUUGAAAGUACUACAGGAAUAGAAUUUUAUGACGAAAAUGAUUCCGGAGUAUCAUUUUAUCCAGAUUUACCAAAGGAUCCUUCUGGAUUCUUUCCAGGUAUUCUUGUAUUGGGUGGUUCAAUUUCAGUAGUUGGGAAAGAACCAAUAGUAUAUAGAGCAAGCCGUAUUAAUGAUUCAUCGAUAGAGAUAAGUCCACCAGUUCCAGAGAUAAUUAUUUCACCAAACCCAUGGGAUAGAGUUUAUAAGUUAGUUAAAAUAUUUACAGAAUUAUAUCCUCUAGGAUUUUAUUGUAGAUAUAAUACAGAUGAAGUAGGAAAGAUUCUUUCAUUAUCUUCUUAUCUUUUAUACCCUUUCCCACCAGUAUCAGAGAAUGACAAAAUCAUCAGAGUAUUAGUUGAAACUGAUAGACAACAGACUGUGAUCCCAACAAAUAUCUACAAGAGAGAGUAUGCAACCAAAGGUUCAAUUUACAUAACAGGUGGAUCAAAUGCAUAUUUUAAAAAUAUCUUUUUUAAAAAUCUAGGUUUCACCAAAAAUGAACCAUAUAAUGAUACAAAGUUAAUAUUCUCUCCAAAUGAUACCAAUGUAGUAACCGAUAUAAUAAUGGGAACAAAUCAAAAAUUCAGAAGUUCGUUGUAUAUUGAAUCCUCAAAAAAUGUUACAAUAGAAGGUUGUGCAUUUGUUGAAAACGAUCUAACAAGAUCACCAUUGGUUUUCUUUGAUUCGAAUGUAAAAAUAUCAAACAGUUUAAUUUCAAGUAAAUCAGGUUCAAAUAUAAUCGCUCUACAUGGUACUGAUUCAAUUCAAUCUUCAAACAAUUCUUAUUUACUUGAAAAAAUCGAUUUGGCUUCAUGGGAUGUUGAACGAAAUAAUAAUAUUGAUUGUGGUAAUCAAGGUAAUGGUAUUUUUUCAAUUUCUCCAAAUAUAAACUCAAAUGGUGAUUAUUUCUCUGGUCAACAAACUGCAUUCAACUAUUAUUUUAUUCCAAACAACUCUGUAAACUCUAACCAAGAUAAUAGCUCAUUAAAUUCAAGACCAAUUGAAAUUAUUAUUAAAGAUUCAAUGUUCAAUCCAACAGCUUCCAAUGGUUCUUUAAAUAAAUAUUUUUUAAAUAUCAAUACUGAUGGUAAUAAAACAAUAAGUACCUAUUUCACAGUUAGGGAUUUAAAAACUUCACAUGCCAUUAACAUGAAUUUAAACAAUAGUGCUAUUGCCUUUUACAAUUUAAAGGGUGGAGAAGGUUUUAAAAUGGAAGGAAACGUUGAAAGAUUGGAUAUUAUUGGUUCAAUUAUCAAUUCAAAUGGAUCAAUUAAAAACAUUUCAACAUCAACUACAAAUAUCAUUGAUUCUUACAUUUACAGUUCAUCAUCAGAUAUUCAACCAUUCAAUAAUCAAAUCUAUGGUUCACUAAUUACACCCUAUUACUAUAGCGAUUCAAACACUUUAGAUAAAUUUGAAAUAAAAUCAAUACUUCCAAAUGCACCCAUUCAAAUCGUUUCAGGUUCACUUUUUAAUGUCAGUGUCCAAAUUCAAACUUUAUCGUCAUCAGUUUCAAUAGAUAAUAUCUCAUGUAUUUUUACUUCAAGUGUAAUCAAUACAACAGUUGUCCAAGUUAAUUCUAAUUACAGUUGUAUUUUACCACUAAAUAUUACCAAUGAAGAGGGUCCACUCAAUCUUAGAGUCACUUUAGUUAAUAACACAUCACCAUCAUCAGUAUCAUCAGACAAUUAUUUAUAUAUUAUCGAUUUUCCAGAGAUUACAGUAUUUAAUACCUAUGAGUUUUAUUCAGGAUGGUUAAUGGAUAAUUCAAAUUCUAGUCAACAAAUUUCUUUUGGAGGCAAUUCAUUUAAAAAUGGAUGUAAUAAAGUUGAUAGCAAUUGUACAAUAUCACAGAAUUCAAAAUAUUCAACAGUAUUUUCCCAACUUUCAAUAACUUUACCUUCAAAUUUCAAAACAAAAACUCAUUGGAUGAAAUAA